UAAUGGCACGAAAGGGUCGGAACUUUUUCACUGCGAUGUCGGGGGUGAGUAAAGAAGUGACACUGUUACCCUAGAAACACAAGAACAACAUCCGGUAGUUCCGUGCCGCUUUGCAACAGACAAUCCGCAGACUCCAAACAUGGACUCGGAGUACGUCAAGACGCAUCUGGGUUCGUGCCUGGCAGAGGGCUUGGCCGAAGUGGUCGAGCAGCGUCCAAUGGACCCCAUCCAGUUUUUAGCCCAUUGGCUGUACAAAUACAACGCCAACGUCGAAUAUGAGGCCAAGAAACAGGCUCGGUUGGCACUUGUGGAGAAGGAACGCGCCAAAGCCAGAGAGAAAGAUGCUGGGAAGGAGCCCGCCGAAAAACUCUCCGAAAUGGAGUCUGCGGGAACAGACGACGGUGUCGUAGCCACGCCCCGACCCGCUGAGCAGCCCGAGAAUGACCCUCCUGAGUCGGAAACCCAACAUGUUAACAUCCAGCACUUAAGUGCGCCUGUGGAGAAUGAGCAAGAGGUUCAGAUGAUUGAGAACAUAACCGCUCCAGAGUCCUCAGUUGUCUCCCCGCGGUCUGAUACAGUCCAGCGGGACCAGCCCCAAGUGAAGAAACCCGUUGAGGAGAAGGCGGAUCUUGGCCUGGCUGAAUGCGGUGAGCUGUACCAGGCUGAAGCCCCCACUUCUAGCCAGGUGGAUAGACACCAGGAGCUACCCGGGCAACAGAUCCCACUUCUCCCCGGAGGCCAACACGCAGAUAAGAGGGAUGAGCACGCCCAGUCCUCUCAGGCUGAGUCUCCAGAGGUUGAGUCCUCUCAAGCUGAGGCCUCCCAGGUUGAAACCGCACUGUCCGGGAUCUCCCGUGCAGAAUCUUCACAGAUGGAGUCUCAGGAAGAUGAGUCUCCACAGGUGAAAUCCUCCAAAAUGAACUCUGCCCAAGUAGAAGAUGAGCAGGUGGAGACCUCGCAGGAUGAUAUCGACCAAGAGAAGUCCUCUCAAGCUGAGUCUUCCCAUGUCAAAGCCGCACAAAGUGAGACCGCCCAGGCUGCGUCUGCGCAGGUGGAGUCCACGUCAGAGGAGUCUGGACAGGCCGAGUCCAUGCAAGCUGGGUCAAUGCAGGCCAAGUCUUCUCAUGCUGAGGUCACCGACGGUGAAUCCAGACAAGUUGAGACCCCCCGAGCUGAGUUUCCACAGGCGGAGCACAUCCAGGACGGGUCCACGCAAGACCAGUCCGCACAAGCCGAGUCCUCUCAUGCUGAGCCUGCCCAGGUGGAAUCCACACAGGUUAAGCCCUCCCAGGUGCAGUCUUCCCAGGUGGUGUCCACUCUGGUGGAGUCUGCGCAGGCCGAGGCCUCCGACGCUGAAUCUCCACAAGUUGAGACUUCUGAGCCCCCAUCGGCGCAGGUGGAACCCACACCAUCGGACUCUGCUCAGCCCAAGAACUCCAUGUCCGGGUCUGAGCGGGAGGAGUCCUCCCAGGCUGAGUCUGUGAAAGCAGAGACCUCCCAGGCUGAGGUCGCCCAGGUUGAAUCCACAAAAGUUGAGAACUCUCAGCUCAAGUCUGAGCAUGUGGAACCUACACUGGCGGAUUUAGUUCCGUCCGAGACCGACACGGCCGUGUCUGCGCAGGACCUCAGCCAGGUGGAUUCCUCCCAAGUUGAGCCUUCUCACAUCGAAUCUGAAAAUGUUGAGGCAGAGUUGGAGCCGACGGAAUCCUCAGUGAUGGAGUCUCCACACAUCGAGACUGCGCUUGUGGAGUCCACGCAGGCCGAGGCCUCUCUGGUCCAACCCACACAAGACAAGACUCCCCGAGCCAGGUCUGCGCAGGGGGAGUCGACAAUGGAGGAGUCUCCACAGGCUGAGGCCUCCUUGGUUGAUCCUGCACCAGUUGACAAAUCCUCAGACUCGUCUGAGCAGGAGGAGUCCACGCCAACGGAAUCUCAUCAGCCCGGGCCCUCCCACGCCGAGUCCGGCGAAAUCCUGCCGAGUGACAACCUGUCGGCAAAAACUGCAAAGGAGAUACGCGAUCCGAGUUCACCUCCUGUUCUUCAAGACAAGGAAGAGGGAACAGAAGAGGCUGGAAAAUGAACACGUCGCUGCUUGACGGUCCACCGACAGAAUGUUUUGUUUGAACGUAUUCCAUUUAUCAUUGCCCCCCGGUGACCCUCGUGAGGAUAAGCGGAGAAGAAAAUGGAAUGAUGUAUUUAUCGUUGCAUUGUGUACCCAAAUCAAAGAUGUCCUGAGCGUACUGUUCUGUUUGUUUAAUCCUUUGUAGACUUUGGUCAAAUAAAGCAUUUAAAUAGUAA